AAUCUAAAAUCAUGUAAGAAGGCAUAUUUAUCUAAAGCCCACGUUUCCAACUGCCGCAUUCUCUGGAUCCAUGGGUCGAAUGAUGAUAUACCUAGUUAAACAAUCCCAAUAAAACAGGUGAACAGCACUACUAGCACCAGUCGUCUCGUCAGCAGCAGAAGCAGCUAUCCCAUAUCUUUUUGACUGUUUCUCGAGUUAUAGUGUUGGUGAGUGGAGUGGAGAGAAUCAUGGAGGUGUUUCUCAUCCAGGCGGAUACAUACAAGAUAGGGUUUAUCGGAGCAGGAAAAAUGGCGGAGAGUAUUGCCAGGGGAGUGGUCCGUUCUGGUGUCUUGCCCGCUUCUCGUAUGUCUACAUCUCACUCCAAAACUGAUCGACGCCAAGUCUUCGAGUCCUUCGGAGUCAGAGUUCUCCCUAAGAACGACGACGUUGUUGAAGAGAGCGACGUGGUUAUUUUCUCUGUGAAGCCUCAAGUUGUUAAAGAUGUGGUCUUGCAAUUGAAGCCACUCCUUUCCAAGAAGAAGCUUCUAGUUUCAGUUGCUGCAGGAGUCAAAUUGAAAGAUCUGCAGCGUGCUAUGGCAGACGAAAUUUUUCCACGAAUAAUGGGCGGAUCAAGAGCAAAAGAAGCAUGGGAUACGUCGCAGGAUGAGUUCCAAGGAACUGUCAAGGUCAAGGAAUGGGCCGGUCACAGCCGAUUUAUCAGAGUAAUGCCUAAUACUCCUGCUGCUGUAGGCGAGGCUGCAUCAGUGAUGAGCCUGGGAGGAGCUGCAACAGAAGAAGAUGGGAAUAUAAUAGUCAAUUUAUUUGGAUCCAUUGGCAAGAUAUGGAAAGCUGAUGAAAAAUUGUUUGAUGCUGCUACUGGCUUAAGUGGUAGUGGCCCUGCAUACGUAUUUUUGGCCAUAGAAGCUUUGGCAGAUGGGGGAGUUGCUGCAGGGUUACCACGAGACUUAGCUUUGGGCUUGGCUUCUCAAACAGUUCUAGGAGCCGCAUCUAUGGCCACAAAAUCUGGAAAGCAUCCUGGCCAGCUUAAAGAUGAUGUGGCAUCACCUGGUGGGACUACUAUUACUGGCGUUCACGAGUUGGAGAAGGGUGGACUUCGUGGGCUGUUCAUGAACGCAGUUGUUGCUGCUGCAAAGCGCAGUCGCGAACUGUCUUAGAGUUUUUUAUGUACUUAAUAAAUCAUCAACACAUGCUGCAGACUCAGGCAAUCAAUCAACUUAGACCUGCUCUUGUAGAUUAGCAGUAAGCUUUUGUUUUGCCACCUAGUUUAGGCCAAGGCACGUAUCAUUUAAUUUUUUGGUAUUUCGGCAGGAUUUUGUUUUUUUGUUUUCACAAUAAAAGAAAUUUUCGGAUUUA